AUGGAGCGAUUGGUGUCUGGCUGUCGGCCCAGGCGAGCUGCUGGCACACCCGGGAGUUUAUUAGCAGUCCCAGUGCUCCUUGCCGCUUGGGCCGUUUGCACACGAACCUUUGCUGCGACCGGGGCACUGCUCAAAGACUUACAAGCGGUGUACUGCAUUCGACGGCGGCGACGCGCAGAGCUGGACAAGGCCCUAGGCCGGCUGAGCCUUCCUGAUCAUGUUCCCAUCCGCCAGUGGGAGGCCGUGGACGGCUUCAACUUGCAGGAUGACAUCCUAGAAAUCGUGGACUCUGGCGUAGUGGAGCCUGCAGCUUUGCCACGUAUCCUCGUAAAGGAAGAUUGGCGCAAGAUGUGGCGCGAGACCAGGAAAUGGCGACAUGUGCGUAGGGGCAGAGAGGCCCCAGGAAAGAAGCAUGGAGGCUGGCUCAGGGACCUGGACCUGACGCGAGGCAGCUUGGGACAGGGACUUUCGCAGCUGCAGGUUUGGGCAGACAUCGAGCGAGAGGCCAAAAGCCCGAAUGCCGUCUAUUUGGUCGUUGAGGAGAGCUGCACCUUCCUGCCCAACUUGGAUGCACGACUGCUCGAGCAGCGGCUGGAAGCCCUGCCGGAGGAUUGGGAGAUCGCGUGUUUGGCCGGGACGGAUCUCCUGGGCAACCCCGACACGGCAGAUCUCGAGCAAGUGCAAGCGCACAACGUCGCACCUGGUUUGAAGCGCCUUCACCCGUGGUUUCGAAUUGGUCCGGCUUAUUUCAUCACAGCGGCCGGUGCCAGAAAAGCGUUGAGGACGUGCACGCCGUUGCGGUGGCGCUUGGACUGCCAACUUGUGGGACGCUUUUCAUCUACGAAUUUCGGAGAGGACGUUACAAACAGGCUCUUUGCAGCGACUCAGAAUUUACGCGGCUACUGGCUGUCGCCACCAUUGGCUACCAGACGGAUACUGCGCCAGGGCAUGACUGAAGAUGACCUGACGGAAGGACUUGAUGCAGUGGUUGCCUGGUCCAUGCGUCUCACUGACAAGCCAUUACCAAAAGGCUCCAUUGCCCACAUUUGGCAUCCGGACCGUGAGAUCGAAGGUCACACGAACAUGGUGCCGGAGGCUAUCGAAGUCAUGAAUGGGCUUGCUGCCGGGGAAGGCGUGAAGACCAUUUGCGAAGUUGGCUUCAAUGCUGGCCACAGCGCUCUGCGAUGGUUGACGCAUUCGAGUGCGAAGGUGCUGUCGUUCGAUCUCGGGGAUCACCCUUACUCCCGACCGGCUGCCAUGUGGCUAGCGAGCCAAUUUCCAGAGCGGCUUGAGCUCAUCUGGGGCGACUCCUUGGCAACGGUGCCAACGUUUCACAGACAGAGGCCCGAGCUCCAGUCCGAGCUGAUCUUCAUAGACGGUGGCCACAGUUACGACUGUGCUAUACGGGACCUGAAGAACUUGGCGGCCCUCGCGAAUCUGCAGAACAACCGCAUCCUGCUUGAUGAUACAUUCCUGGAUGAUGUUCGCCGGGCGUGGGACGAGAUGCUGGAGAUGGGGUAUGUGGAGGAGUUGCAGAGCUGGUCGGGUGAAAUUGAAGCUGGCAGCUAUGGUUUUACCUUGGGCAUGUACACAGAGCGUGCAGCUGAAUUGCUGCGGGUAAGAGCUGAAGAAUAG